AUGAACCUAAUCUUACCCAAAGAUGACAUGGAAAAUUAUCAACAACAUUUGACAGAAUUAAUUGACAGAAAUAAUCAACAACAAUAUCAACAACAGGAUUAUUCAUCACCACCACUACCAACAUUGUUUAAUAUUCAAUCUGAUGAUCAUCAACAAGACCAAAUUUCAUACAUGAUUAAUAACAAAAUCCACGAGUUUCUUGCAUCAAUGUUAAGCCAUCAAGAAUCCAAUCAUCAACUUUCGAAUAAUACUAUUGGAAACCCAACUAGUUUCUACCAAAUGCAAAGUUCUUCUUCCUCACCAUCACUACCAUCACAAGAAGAAGAAGCAAUUGGUGAGAAUAGAUCACAACAUUGCUCAACUCCAAUUCACCCUCAUAGUUUGCCCUUGUCAACUUCACACAAUUUCCAAAUUUGUGGGGAAGAAACCGUACGAAAGGACCCUGAAGAUUUAAUUUUCACACAGAAAAAACAGAACCAAGACGAUUAUUGCCAAAUGUUACCACUUUCUCAGCUACAACAUUUAUUCGAAAUGAAAGAUGGUUGUGUGAAUUGUGUGAAAACUAAUCUAGACGAAAGUGAAUGUAAUUUAAUGUUGUCGUUCACUGAGAACGAAAUGGAAAUGAUUGAACAAAGAUUUAUGAAUGGACUCUAUUCGAAACUUGCUCAGAACAUUAAACAAGAGAAGGUUGACCAGCAACAACAAAUUUAUCAGAAAGUUUCUGCUAAUUCUUCAACAGCAGCAGAUGAUCAUGCUACUGCUGUGGGAAAUUCUAUUCGAAACCAACCAAAGCUCGAGAUGCAAUCAAGUCAAGUUUCUAAUAACUUGUUACCUGUGCAAACAAUGAACCACCAAACACUGUGCUGGAACUCUCCAAGCAAAUCUCAAGAAUCUUCGGCUGUUUCGAAUAACUCAUUCCACCUUCCAAAACAAGCACGUCUACCAAAAAGGAAGAAACGACCACUUAUGUCCACCUCUGUAGAUUCCACACCAAUGAUGACGAUGCAAAAUAAUACUUCAUCUCAUCAACAAUCCAAUCACAAUAAUAAUUAUUCGAAAGUACUUGGUCCACCUCCCAUAAACACCAAAAAGGUUUCCAAAAAGAGAGAUCGAAACAAUUCAGUUUCAGAUUCACCAACCAAAAAGACCACUUCAUCAAACUCCACAAAUACUUCCAUUUAUAGAGGUCAUGUUUCGAAUUCAAAUUCAUUCUCAAAAGAAUCUCCAUGGCAAUUUCACACUUAUAGCGAGGGAAAGAGAAAUCAAUCAGAAAAUUUGGUUUUCUUUCAUUUUAAUCCAAAGAGAAGUUAA